AUGCCAAGCGACGAAGAAAAGCGCCAGAACCCCCAGGAACCUCCCAAUGGAGGUGCCCGAGCGUGGGGCGUGGCGCUGGGAGCCUUUGCCGCUCAAAUGUGCACUUUCGGCUACAUCAACACAUUCGGGGUCUUCCAAAGCUACUACAGUACAACUUUCCUCUCCUCUGAAUCCUCCAGCUCCAUCUCAUGGAUCGGCUCCCUGCAAGCCUUCCUCCUCUUCCUAUUCGGUGCCGCCAGCGGUCCCCUUUCUGACCGCCUGGGCGUCAAGGCAGUUGUUAUUCCUGCUGGCCUCACUCUUGUCUUUUCCGUCAUGAUGACCAGCCUAAGCCAUGAAUACUACCAGUUCAUCCUCGCCCAGGGUAUUUUAGGAGGCAUGGCCUGUGGCAUGAUAUUUACACCGGUGGUCUCCUGCGUUGGACAAUAUUUCACCACGCGUCGGGCGUGGGCGAUGGGGGUUGUGGUGUCUGGCGCUGCUAUCGGGGGUAUUGUCUUUCCCAUUACCCUUAACCGUCUCCUGAAUCACCAUCACCUUAGCUUCGGCUGGUCAGUGCGUAUUAUUGGCUUCAUUAUGCUUGUCUUGCUGGUCUACGCUGCUCUUGUCACUAAGGAAUUUGCUCCUCGUCGCCAGAAAAACAUGUUUCUGAUAAGCGCCUUCAAGCAGUGGCCUUACAAUCUGACCAAUGCGGGCUUCCUCCUGGCUCUGUUGGGCCUGUACGCUCCCAUUUUCUACAUUGCUGACUAUGCCAUUGAGCGCGGGGGAAUGAGUCCACAGAUGGCCCUGUAUCAGGUCGCGAUCCUCAAUGCCCCCUCAUUCUUUGGACGGACAAUCCCCAAUCUCGCAGGUGACAAGCUAGGUCGGUUCAAUAUUACUAUCUUUACCUAUGCCGCCUGUGCAAUUCUCCUCUUCUGCUGGACAGCUGCCACCUCCAGCGCAGCGAUCAUGGUCUGGAUUGCCUUCUUUGGUUUCUUUUCUGGAGGGGCGUUUUCGUUGUAUUCACCUACUGUUGCUCAAGUAUGCCCGAAUCCAAGCGACAUUGGCACGUAUGUCGGGCAAGGUCUAGCGAUUUGUAGCUUCGGCGCGCUGGCCGGCACACCAAUCAACGGGGCCUUGAUCCGGAGUUAUGGAUAUCUAGAGGCGUCGAUGUUCAGCGGGGCGAUGGUCACUGCAGGCUUGCUCUGCCAGAUUCUUGCACGAUUUUUGCUGGAGAAACGGCCAUGGGCUAUCGUUUAG